GUUCUCAUAACUACAAUGUAUCGCUACACGAACAUAGCAUCACCCUUUAAAGAGCGUCCGGCCCAGGGUGGUAUCAACUGGAUUGAAAUACCGGCUAACGAUGUUUCGGCCCUAAAAGAAUUCUACAAGUCUCUUUUCCCUUCAUGGAAAUUUGGGAAUCCCGCCCAUGUACCUGAGGAUUUCGUCAGCUUUUUCAAGAUUGAUGAGCCAGCAUACGUGGAGGGCGCAAUCAUCAAGGUCAAUUCGCAUACCUUGACAGCCACGAAUCAAGGCGAGACAAAAAGCAUCGGCAUGGUCCCUUAUUUUCUGGUCGACAGUAUUGCUGAAAUGCAUGACAAAAUCAUUGGACUGGGUGGUAAGAUGUGCCUAGACAAAACAGACGCACGUGGAGAUGGUUGUAUCAUAGUUCUGAUCACCAUUGUUCAAUGA